AUGUCUCUAGUCAUAAUCGGAGGAGGCAUCGUCGGGCUGUCCAUUGCCUAUUAUUCGACUUUGGCGGACCCUAGCAGGAAAGUCAUCAUUGUCGACUCGGAGAAGAGCCUCUUUCUUUCAGCAUCGGGGUUCUCUGGUGGCUAUAUCGUCCGUGACUGGUUCAGCCCAAGCGUUCUGCCACUCGCGGAACUGUCUUUCCUGCUGCAUCGGCAGCUGGCUGAAGACCACAACGGACGCAAGCUGUGGGGUUACACACCCAGCAAUGGCUACAGUCUGGUCAUGGAGCAAGGGCCUGAAGCUGGCGGGAAGAAGGUGCGAGGUGAAGAUUGGCUGUUGCACGGAACAAGCAGAGCCGAGGUCGCGCGCACGUAUGUGUCGCGUUCGCUGGCGAAUUCGGGCUCCGACAAGAAUGUCAAGCGCGAUUCGUUGCUUCGGCCGGACGGGUCGCCUCUCUGGACAAAUAUUCCGGCGGGAGGUGUUCUCGAGAAGAUCUCCAGUCCGUCUGGAUGUGCGCAGGUCGAGCCGCGGCAGUUGUGCGAGUGGCUGCUGCAACGCUGCGAAGAAAGGGGUGUCGAAGUGCACCUGGGUACCAAGACGGUGGCUUUUGCGAAGGAUAGCCAGGGAAGCAUCGUCGGGCUUCAUGUACAGAAACACAGCGCCAAGACUGGUCAGCCUAUACCUGAGAUAAUCCCCUGCAAGGAUGUGGUCAUCUCGGGUGGCUGCUGGACUCCACGGAUCUUCCAGACACUGGUGGGUGAGAAGAUGAGUAUUGGCAUUCGGCCGCUGCCAGGAUACAGUAUCGUGGUCAGAUCUCCUCGAUACAAUCGACCUAUCCUGGAAGACGACGAGUCUGCUCAACAAGUCGAAACUAGCCACUCGAUCUUUUAUCCGCCGGGACCGGAUUGGAAAUACUCCCCCGAGGCCAUGGCGAGACAAACGAGAGACGGCAGACCGGAGAUAUUUGUGGCAGGGCUGAACAACGAAGCCCAUCUUUUGCCAGAGCUUGCGGGCGGGUCCAAGGCAAUGAUGGAGGAGCCUCUCAUGAAUGAUCUGAAGAAAACGGCUUUCAAACUGGUAAGCACGCAAACCGGAGCUUCUGCCGGGGACGAUCUCGAAAUUGUUCGGGAAGGCCUUUGCUUCAGACCCGUCUCGGAAAGUGGUAUCCCCAUCAUAUCUGAAGUCGGGGAUAUCAAGACAAAGACCGGUGGACGAUUGUACGUUGCUUCAGGUCACGGUCCGUGGGGCAUCACCUUGUCCUUGGCCACUGGGUUCGUCAUGUCAGAAGUCUUGCAAGGGAAGGCUCCGAGCGUCAGCCUGGAUGAUUUCAAGCUGAAGUCGGAGUCAUCCUUCGCCUUGCGGCCACGGCUGUGA